AGCCAAAAUUGACGUCAACUUAAGUUAUCCUGUGCAAAAUUUUUGUUCCCAAUCCUUUAAACAUUAUUUACAAUAAAAAUGCACUUAAAUGAAUCAAGGCACAUUCCCCAAAGCUGAAAGCGUAAAGCACUUAUAGCAAGUUACUUCGCUUCUGCAAGUACUUAAGAUCCGAAUAUGUCUUCACCGUCCGACGAGGAAAUUAACGAUGAAGCAAAAGAGGAAAUACCUUCGACUGAAGUCCCAACCACAGAGUCCGAUUUAAAACCUGCGGACGCCACAUCCUCAACAAUCGCCACGGGCUCGGUCUCCGCCUCAUCACCUAGUAGCCCCAGCAGCCCUAGCAACGAUACCAGCAACAGCGCCGAUGCAUCGGGCUCCGGGUCCAGCAGCUCCGUCAAGAAGUCAUCUGACAACGUAGACGCCUCCGGCAGCACGGAGGCAACAGGGACGUCAAGCAGUACGUCACCCACAUCUGGGAGUGGAACGGGGACCACGGGAGACAGCGGAGAGGGCGGGUCAGACGAUGCUGACAAAACGGCCGCGGACGACGGAGACCAGGAAGACGCUGCGGAGGAUGAGCCGCCGCCUCCGCCACCGCGGCCCAAGAGCGUCAAGAAGUCCCGACCGCCGCCGCAGGCGCCGCCAGCAGGCGGUAGUGGCGCGACGGACCCGAAGGGAGACGUCUCCAUGCAGUACGAGCAGAAGUUUAAGAGCAUCCUUCACAGGAGGCGGUUGGAGGAAGAAGCGAAAUGCGCCGAACAGAACAAGGAUAAACCAACCAUCGAAGAGCUGAACUCGUACUUCAAAGCGUGGCACAUGAACGACCGCGAGAAGCGGAGAGCGAUUCCCAGGUCGCAUGACAAGGCCAAGAAGCGGCGCCAGGAGGAGGUGCGCCAGACCAAGGCGCAGGAGGCGUUCUGCACGUGGCUACGCUACAAGAAGCAGCAGAUGAAGAUGGAGCGGUGCCGCUGGCGGCUGCAGUGCAAGGAACGCCGCCAGCUGGUGCAGAAGCGGUCGCGCGCCGUCAGCGAGGCUGCCUACCAGCAGUGGCUGGCAUCCAAGCGGCAGCACUGCCAGCCGACCCGACGCGGCUCGGCGCCGCCGGUGGUGUAUAUGCGUGACAUGUCCACCCUGAACGCGCGCUCGUACCGCGCCGCCAUGGCCGACCGCCGCUGCGAGCGGCGCUGCGCCAGCGCCUGUGAUCGUCGUCGGCCGGACGAGUACGUCGACGUGGAGAACGUCUACUGCCCCGAACACAAGACCGAGUACCGUCUGGAGACGAAACGGACGCGCACCGGCAGCUGUUACCGGCUCACUAGCGUGCGCAAGCUCGACAUCUGAGACGGC